AUGAGCUCAACCAGUAAAAGUCCAGAUAGGGCCACUGCUAACAACCCUAUAGAAAGCCCAAACGGCCGUAUCGCAGUCUUGACUUCUCACUUCACCACCACCAUGUCCUCCGAGAAAGAAUCCGCUCUCGCUGCCGCUGCAGCGCCUCCCUCCGCCGAUUCCCCCACCAUUUUUGACAAAAUUAUUAACAAGGAAAUCCCAGCUAAAGUUGUUUACGAGGAUGAUAAGGUUCUUGCUUUUAGGGACAUUGCUCCUCAAGCGCCUACGCACAUUCUACUCAUACCAAAGGUCAAGGAUGGUUUAACUGGACUAUCCAAGGCUGAGGAGAGGCAUUGUGAGAUUCUUGGCCAGCUGCUUUAUACUGCCAAGCUCGUUGCAAAGCUGGAAGGGCUUGAAGACGGCUUUAGGGUUGUGAUCAAUGAGGGACCAAAUGGAUGUCAAUCUGUCUAUCAUCUUCAUGUCCACCUCCUUGGGGGACGUCAAAUGAACUGGCCUCCUGGCUAA